AUGCAGGUUAAACUGACGUUUCCAUCAUCAUGGAGACAUCAGCAGGGUGUGAUAAGUGUUGAGAAGAAAAUAAAAACUCAUCACGGGCAAGUUGGUCCUACGGACUUACUUGUCGAGAACAAUUCGUUCUACCCAUUACUGAUGAUGAUGAUGAUGAUGAUGAGAAACUUUUCUAUCUCAAGAACCUUUCAAGCACUUAAUAAUGUUAAAUAA